GAUCAGUGUUGUUAGCGCUAAAAAAUGGCAAAACCACCGCAAAAUUUGUCGUCCGCAUGAAAAAAACGAUAGAAUAGCUAAUUUCCUCGGUGCUAAUUUCAGUAAUUCGUUUUGGCCUUCAUGUCAACUUUGGCUUGGCAGUUUUUGAGGACGAUGAUGCUCUUAUAAAUCUUCCUAAAUUAUUUCCUGUCUGUCGAGAAGGUCUUGAACAAUGAGCAGCAAGUCCUCUGUGAGUUCGAAUGGUUCAGGAACAGACAAUAAAGCUGGGCAAAAGAAGAAAGGUGGCGGGUAUCUUGCAAGACAGGCCAAGGCAAAAAAAACUACUGUCACGGAAGAGGAACUUUCUGCUAAAGAAAGCAUUUCUCCCGAGGAUGUUUUAAGACUGGCUAAACCCACUUCAGGUAGGGAAUGAAUAUAGAGAACUUUCUUGUCUGUUUUUGAGGGAAUUUUGAUAGAGACCCAAAUGAAAAGACGACCUGUUGUCGACGUGUCUAGUAUACACCAACACAGCAUCUCGCAAGCUGACCGCAAACAAAUGUUAUAAAACUCUCAUUUUUUAUCAAAUUUUAAUCCCCUUUUAGACUAUCUCUGCGAUAAGAAGGCAAAUAUUUACGGUAUUGAGUUCACGAGAUUUAAAAUUCGCGAUAUGGACGGGGGAAAAACAUUAUUCGAAAUCGCAAAACCGGACGAAUUUGAGUUCGCCGACGACGAAGACGAUGAAGCCAUCGGUGAUGAGAUCGUUGAAGACGACCCUAACGCUGGCCGUUUUGUCCGCUAUAAAUUCAGUCCAGAGUUCUUAAAAUUGCAGACUGUUGGAGCUACGUGAGUAUUAAAGGCUGCAGCGUAUAUAUUUGUGUAGGAUUUAGAGUUAAAAGUUCAAAUUUUGCUAGCUUUUGCGUUGAUGUGUUUUGAUUGUCGAGUGUUUGUUCUCAACUUUGAAAGUGGAUUAUAAGCGUAGAUUUCUUCUCUAAAAUCCGUUAUUGUACAAUGGAUUUUCGCUUCAUAAUAAGCCUAAAUUACAGAUAAAUCAGCCAGUGACCUGCAAAAUUGCUGGCGAAAAAAAAACAUACGAUUUUCGGGGGGAAUAUUCAACCAAAGUAAACUUUAGCGUGCGUUUGGUUGUCAUGGUAAAAUUUAAACGCACAAUUGCUACAAUUAAAACUAUAUUAACAUAUUUAACGAUUUGUCCCCUUUUAACAAGUAUUCUCUAAGACCCUGUUUACACAGUACUGGCCGAAUUUUGGACCGGCUUGAAAUUUGUCCUUUUUCGCCUGUUUACAUGCGAAUUCGUCCUGUUAGGAGUUCUCAAAUUUGUCCGGUUUUGUGGUUCUUGUGUGUUUACACGGCCGAAACGGAUGAAUUUCAGCCCGGUUCCAAAUUCAUCUGGUACCGUGUAAACAGGGUCUAAGAGUUUUAGGUAUAAAAUCUUCUACCCAAAUAUUUGAGAACCAGUUUCAUGAAGUAGUUAUAUGGAUGAUAAUUUUUUUUUUACUUCCAUUUGCCCCAAUAAAUCAAUAAAUCAGAAGGUGAUUAAAGAUAUUAGGGGCGGACCAUUAGAAAAGUGAUGGGGGGGGGGGGACUUUUUUAUUAACUUGUACAAAUAUUUUUUUUAAAUUUUUUGCUUGUGUUGAUAAUUUUUUAAAUUUAAAUAUAAUCCCUUGUACAAUUUGUUUAUUUCAACUUGUAAUUUUCCCUAUUGAAAAGUUUUUGCACGAAUGUUGUUUUCAAACUUUUGCUGCACAAAUUUUUCUUUCUGUUUCCCCUGUGCGAUUUUUAUUUUUGCUUCCCAGCUCCCCCCCCCCCCCCUAAUGGUCCACCACUUACAAUGUAAGGGAUUUCAUAAUAUUUUGUAUUGUCUAAAAAUGUUUCAAAAAAUGUUGAAAUGCAAGAUUUUUUGUUGAAAAAAGCUUGAGCUUUUAAUGAUAUUAUGCAGCUGAAUUUCAAAAGAUCUGAAGUUCUGCAAUUCCAUGAAUACCAUGAUUGUGACAAUUAAAAUGAAAAUGAACUGAUCAGCAUUUUUCAGAAUGCUUCUACUAAUACAAAGUGUUAAAAAUUUUAAGAAACAUAUUUUUUUUGUAUUUUCAGUGUGGAAUUUGUUGUUGGUGACAACCCUGUGAGUAAUUUCCGUAUGAUUGAACGACAUUUUUUCCAAGAUAAAUUGUUGAAAACAUUUGACUUCUCGUUUGGUUUCUGCAUACCUAACAGCAAGAACACAUGUGAACAUAUCUAUGAAUUUCCCAGCUUAUCAAGUGAAGAACGUAAGUGUCAUAAAUCCAAGCAUGUUUUCAAGGCAUCAAUAGGACAUAUAUACAGUACAUGUCAGAAUGAGCAGAGAAAUUACCAAUAAACAUUUCUCCUUGAACAUUGAACAUGGUAUUGGUACAGUUCUGUUAUAACGACUGUAGCUCUUGGUUUUUAGACAAUAGUUACACUUACAAAUUAAUAUAAUAUAAUUUAUUAUUAUAACAAACUCAAUCUCACCAAACCCCAAUCUCAUGAGGGCUUUCAAAACCAACUGGUGGCUACCGGAGCUCCAGCAAGGUGUUUACUGCCGGCUACUUUCUUCUGUACUGUACAUCAAUCUCUCUUUUUUUUGUGGUUUAUGGCUAUAUAGUAUGCCUGUUUUCAGCAUACCUUGUUUCUAUUACCGUCACAGAUUUCUGUAUUGUAAUGUUGGAUGUUUUUAGUUAUUGUGCAGACGAACACACAAUACCAACUUAGUUGAAAACAUAGUCUCAUGAGGUUAUAAAUAUUCUUGUUUUCUUAUGUUUUAGUUCAAGAGAUGGUGGACCACCCAUAUGAGGCAAAAUCUGACAGUUUUUAUUUUGUCGACAACAAACUAAUUAUGCAUAACAAGGCAGAUUAUGCUUAUAAUGGAUAGGAGUGUGUAUCACUAUGAUAUUUUAACUAAUAUUUCAAAAAAAUUUUAAUAUAUUUGUAAAUAGAUGUAGGCAUAAUUGAUUGCAAUGAACAUUCUAUGUGUAGUGAAAUUACACGGUGGGGGUUCCAGACCCACAAUAAUUUCUGAAAGUCUUUGGAUGACAGAUGAAUAACUGUGUAACAAAGCUAUAAAAAUCAUUUUUCAACCGUGAAAGCAUUGGUAGGCUAUAAAAUUAUAUUGGUAGGCCAUAAAUUAUAUGUGCUCACCCAGGAUAUAUAAAAUUAAGCUAUAUAUUGCAAGAUGUUUUUAAAAGGCAAAAAAGUUAAACUGAGAUUUCCAUGAGCAACAAAAUGUAGUUGGUGGCGACUUAAAUUCACGUCCCCAAUGUCUGCCACUGAAAAUACUGAUCUUACAUAUACGUUAUGUUCAGUGUCCAUAAAUAACCUUCAAAAUUAUUUUUGGUAUGUGUAAUAUUUGGGUCAUUCUAAGAAGAAUUGUAAUAUAUCUUUAUAGAAAAACCUGAUCUGUAGUUCCCUUUAGAAGUUGCCAUUUUUUUUUGGGCUGCUAAUUUUUAUCUAGCAUAAAAGUGCGGGGCUUUUUACUGUAAGGAUAUAUUACAUUUUUAGAAUGAUCCAAAUUAGCCUCUCUAUGGGUUUACUUUUAGCCCGCGAAUGGGUCCCAGAAAUAAAAGAGUACGUACUUGUUAGCUUGCUCCUCAUUAGCAUUCUAUUGUCUUAUAAUCCUCCAGACUGCUUUGCGCGUUUGAUAAAUACUUUCACUUGCUCUCGAGGUCGUGAGCGCGAGGUAAAUUCCUUCGUUCCAAACAAAGCCGGAAGGACUUUGCGAAAGUUUACAAGCUCACCAGACAGGGUUACAUUUUCAUGUCAGGGAUUGGAUUAGGUUCCGUGAUUGCGUGAC